CCCGGGCCAUCAUUCCACUUCGCUGGCUCGAUCGAAACAGGCAGGCGGUGUCAAUUCCCAGAUGGGCAGAAUAUCCAUCUAUUUCUUGGACCCCACAGCAAUUGAAUGGCCCAAGCUCCAAUCCGCACGCUUCGGGCUAAAGACAGAGCGAGGUGAAUUGGUUGAUUGCACCAAAACCACACCCACCACAGACAAGGUUCAUGGCUGCGUCCCGUCAGUCAGUCAUCAGCGCAACCUCCUCCUCCAACGCGCCCCAACACACGCGGCCAGCAACAACUUGACGGCGUUACGAGCUCACAGUUACUUCCAUCGGAAAUGGCUUCAGACAAACAAGCUCCUGCUGGAGCAACAGCAGCAAAUCAACCUCAAGGAUCCGCAUUCUCCCUCCCGCUCCUCUACCGCCUCUUCUUCCUCCUCAUCGAACCUCUCUCCGCCCUGCUUGGCGCAUAUUACGCCUACUUCGACAAAAAGGCCUACCUCGAGCUCACGCAUGCCGCCUCGGCUCCUGAGACGAUUCCGCUGGGGACGUCCAUCGUGCUCUCCCAACUCGCCAACUUGUAUCUCUUCUUCGCCAUAAAUGAAGCCCUCGUGCUGCGGUCAACCUCGGACAUUCGCGUCUGGAAGACUGUGCUCUUCUGUCUGUUGAUUGGCGACAUCGGACAUCUCUACACGGUUCGCGAGUUGGGACUGAACAUCUACUGGAGUCCGUCAACGUGGAAUGCCAUCGAUUGGGGCAACAUCCCGUUCGUCUACCUUGGCGCAUCGAUGAGGAUUGCCUUUUUGGCUGAUGUGGGCUUGUAUAAAUCAGGGAAGAGGUUGCAGAAGAACAGGACGGCUUGAUUCGGGAGGUGA